AGUAAGUUCACCCACAGCAUCGGUAACACGGUGACAUGAAAUGAUCGAGACAACCCAACCACGUGAUCGACUGGUUUUGUGUUCGUUCACCUGGGAGCCCCAUCCUCACGGUGCGGAUCCGGUUACGCGCGGUGGUGGAGCCGCGCCAGCCGCGGGAGCAACAGGCACCCGGUGCCGCGCGGGGCGGGUCCGGCGGCGCUCCCAAACUCUCGCACGUUCCAGACGCGUCGUGCCCGUCUCUCAGCUGAUCGUGACGUAGACUGCCCCCCCCCCCCCGGUUAAAGCGUUUCUCUCCGGUGGAGCCCGUGGAGGAGACGCGGCGCAAGCACAGCGGCACGCCGCGGUUUUCGUAGCGGAGGAGGCUGCACGUGUGUUGUCACGGCGCAGAAAAGGGCUCCGAAGCGGCGGACCGACUGCGGAACUGUCCGUUAAUACCUCUCCCCGUGCGACUGAGACGGGGCGGUGCACUGAGGGCUGACAGUAGGCGACAUGGUGGAUUACUAUAACGUCCUGGGAGUGUCCAAAACAGCCUCCCAGGAUGACAUCAAGAAGGCGUACAGGAAACUGGCCCUGAAGUGGCAUCCAGACAAAAAUCCCGACAACAAAGAGGAAGCGGAGAGAAAGUUCAAAGAACUGGCGGAAGCCUAUGAAGUCCUAUCCGACACGAGUGAGCGCGAUGCAUACGACAGAUACGGAAACGACAGAGUGCCACACACAGGAUCCUCCAGCUCAGACUUUUCGUCAGAUUUCCCAGGAUUCACCUUCACAUUCCGAAACCCAGAUGAGGUUUUCAAAGAGUUUUUUGGCAGCCAGGAUCCUUUUGCUAACUUUUUUGAGGACUUCUCGUCCUUUGGAGGCUCGUCCUCUCGCCUCGGACCCAGUCGGUUCUUUUCCUUUCCUUCAGCACGAGUUGAUUUCACCACCUUCUCCUCUUCCUUGGGUGGUCUGGAUGGGAUGGACAGCAUGGGCGGAGGGAUGGGCAACUUCAAAUCCGUUUCUACCUCCACUCGCUUCAUAAAUGGCAAACGCACGACCACCAAGAAGGUAAAGGAGAAUGGGCAGGAGAGAACAGAGAUUGAGGAGGAUGGGGUAUUAAAGAGUGUCCUAAUUAAUGGCGUGGAGGACGAAAUGGCCCUCGCCCUGGAGCUGAGCCGACGAGAGGGACAGACGCGUCACUCCCCUCAGAAGCCACAAAUCCAAAGCGGGUCGCCCCAAAGACCCCAACCGGGCCCCAACCCUGCACCCACGCAUCGGUCACUCAGCUCCGCCCCCUUCUACAACUGCGGGCUCGCGGGCAGCGUCGAGGACGACGAGGAAGACGAAGACCUGCAGAUGGCCUUGGCAUGCAGCCUGUCAGAAAUGGAAGCCCAGCAGAGAGCAGCUGCUACCGACUUCAUAUCAGGUGCCGGGGGUGUGGGCAAAGCUGUGAGUGGCCGUGGAGGACGAGUGGUCGUUAAGACGACGGGUUUGAAUGUGGCUGGUGCUGAAAAGGUGCUUGAAAGGGCAGGAGAUGCGGAAGGGCCGAUUAAAAUGGACUCAGGGCGCGGAGCCGGGUGGGCAGUGGAGGGGACGCCGACGGGGGGACCAGACCUCUCUCCUGAGUCGUCCUCCACUGCCGACACCACGGCAACCGGCCAGAGCAGCGAGGAGGAGUUUGAACCUGACGUGAAGAAAAGGGAUGGCAGUGUGAAGAAGAAAAAGAUGUGUGGCUGUAUUUUGUGCUAAUGCGUUGUGUGUGUGUGUGUGUGUGUGUGUGUGUGCAUUUGCAAUGCCUUAUUUUUUAAAGCUUGAGUUUUCUGCCUACCGCCAGUCUGUCUCUUGAUGUGGGGCGGACCGAUCAACUGACACAGAGGCGUUAAGGCAGUCUUAACACCUCUCGGAGAGAUUGAGUCCACUUUGAAUCAGUGCCAACGGUGAAAUUUCCACGUGAAUUUGCCAAUAAUAUCAGCUAUAAGGUCAAAUCGAUUGUGAUUGAGAAGGUAAAAAACAUGGCGUUUACAGUGCAAAUACACCUCGUUAAGACGCUGGGUCGGGAUUGGCCAAACCGGUAGCACAGCUUCUGCACAGCUGCAGAGUUGCAUUAGUAAGGGUGGAAUGUACCGUUUGUGUCCUUUUCUCGGUCUUUGCACCCUCACUAGAAUACCAUGACCAUGUUUGCAGCACUCAUGAGGUUUCAGCACAAUGUACAAUGUGUACCGCAUCAUGACUGUAAACCACUGCUAUAUAAUAGCUUUCAUAAUUUGAUCCUUUUGGUGCCUUUGCAUGUUUUAAGCUACUUUAAUUGUUUUUUUUAUUUGCUUGAAUUACCCCUGAAAAUGUGCCAUGGUAGAACAAUGUGUCUAAAGCAGAGCAAAUGUCUAUACAUCAGCGGUUGAUGGCGGGUGUCCUGAGGGAACGAGAGGUCGGGUUCAACCGCGGUGCAAUGGCUCUGUGGAUGUUUCAAAAUAUGGAGCUUCAUUUCCUAAUCAGUGCUUUACAUCUGACUGGUUUGAACUGUGAACGUACCGUAGGUGAAAGGACUGUAGCUGUGUUUUACUCUCCAGUCAACAAAACCCCUCCACCGCACCCUGCUCCAGGUUAGCUUUAGUGUGCCAAAUUACACUGCUUUUUACGAUGAGUCCUAAUCUGCUAUCACUUUAAAUGAUAACUGUCAUCACUGGCAAAAGUCUGGCAAAGCUGUGAUAACACAGGAUAUCAUUUUUAAAUCAUUGAAAAAAUGGUUGCAGUCUCAAAAUUGUUGGUCAUUUCUCCUCUCUAAACAUUUAUUGCGUAUGGCGAGAGAUGAGAGUGUUGUUUUUUUUUGUACUAUCUAAACUGCCAUGUGUGUUUUUUAAUUAUUUUUUUUAAUUGAUAAAAGGGUAGUAAUGAAUAAAGAUUGAACUGAAGAGGGUAAUUGGGAUUUUUGGUUUUUGAUUUCAGAAUGUGGCAAUAAUAGCUCUGCAUUUCCUACUAACCGUCACGGAUGUCCUGCUACACCAGAACUACAUUAAUCACAAACCUCACGGCACUGUCAAUCAAUCGGAAUGAUUCCUGUACCAGCUAUUUCAACGUGAAGGAAAUGAGCGUAUAUAGUUUAACUUUAAAAGAAACGCUAACAGAACGUGAUUAUUAUCUUUCACUUGGUUGGUUGUUCAAAGUGUCCUGAUUUACUUUCCCCACUGACCCUCCACUCUCCCUCACCAGCUGUAUGUCGAUGUUUCUCAUCAUUCUGCUCUCAUGGCUCUCAUUUUCGUUGCAACCAUCAGCUUGCUAGGAAAGAAGACAUUGUUCAUUUAUAACCCAAAAUCUAUUUUUUAUCAUUUCGGAGAUCCUUACACAUUUAUUCAUAAAUAUAUAUAUUUGAUUUAUUUGACGUAUUUUCUUCUUAUAUUUUCAUAUUAUUCCCGCUGAAAUCACCCUCUAAUUUCUAUGUUGUCAUUGUCAUGUCAUAAUCUCAUUGUGACAUCAAAGACACAUCCUGUUAAAUGCUUAAUUCUGACUGACGGACCUAAUUGUACCUGAUGAUUUGGACUUCUGUAGGAGGUUAAGUUUGUCUCACACUCCCUGCUUCAUG